AUGGCUUCGAGACCGGUCAGAUCCGCGGCUAAGAAGGCCAAUAUGAACUUUAGAGACUCUUCCGAGUCCCCGGAGCUUUCUCCACCACCCCCAUCAAAGCGCGCUCGCGCAGCCAACUCGAAACAACAGCCGUCGGGACCGAAUCCACGCUCAAGCAGACGCAACGGAACGCAACGCAAACAACCCACUCAACGCGCCGCAUUUGAUCCAGUACCAGCGGAACCACAGGCAGAGGUCAUCGAGAUCUCUGACUCUGAUGGCGAAGAGGCACCAGUCGUUGAGCCGGAGCCGCAGACUAUCCCAGAACUUAUAGAGGUUCAACCGGAGAACUUUGAGGAGAUGGUCUUUGUGAAGACACGGUUGGAUGGUACUAUGGCUAGAGACGACGAGCAAGGAGUAUGGUGGCCUGCUGGCGUUGUGGAUCGCGACGCGAAUGGAAGUCUCAAUAUCUUUCUCCUUUCCGUUAUUUGCCCAGGAGUGUCUAGGCACUUGACCGCGCCAGUACCUGCUGGUGAAGGCAACGUACGACCCAUGCGAAGCAGUUCCGGGGUUCUAUCCACAAAUGUAUCGAACUACCGGGUCACCAUAGAACCUGGUAAACUGUCGAAAUCUACUUCCAACCGAUUGGAUGCAGCGUUCAAGCGAGGAUUGGAGCAUAUGGACUCGGUCGACGACGACGCGGACUUUCCCACUAUCUCCAAGUUGCUCGCUUCUAACACGAGAACGUUUAGCAACAAGCGAUCGCCACCUGUGACACAAGCGGAUACCUGGACACCUCCCGGCCCUGAGCGUAACCUGGAGAUUCCCGGAGAGCUGGUUCUUGCAACGCAGGAAAAACCCGAGAAGAUCCGUCCUACAACGCCAUUCUGGGCUGGAAGGAUCGACGCGUUCCUUCCUCCUAGAGACAAGAACACGCCAGCGAAGUAUACCGUGACGUUCUUCGAGGAUACUAUAGAUGACUUGGAGAGAUGUCAAUUCUAUACGUCGGCGGAACCUCAGUUUGUGACGUGCCCACUUGGACCGUUCAAAAGUAACGAUACAGUUAACGACGAAGACGAGGAUAAUGUCCCCGAGGAUCCAGAUGUUGGCCAGUUUGAGCCAUCCAUCCCACCUCCGCCGCCAGACGAAUUCGACGAACUCCCUCUGCUGCACCAAUUUGCAUACACGGUUCCCGUUUUACAUGCCAUCAUCAGUGACGAGUACGAGCCGACGAAAGCUUUGCACGAGCGCUUCGAACGCGGAGGUGCCUCACGUAUCAAACUGAAGCAUAAAUCGCCCUCGAUAGGGCAAAUGAAGGAGACUACCAUUAAGAAGUUCUGGGGGCUCGUCGAUAAUUGGGCUCUGGGUCUCGAGACUAGAGUAGUGAUGCCGAGCCCCUUGAGCUUGAGCGGCCGUUCGGUACCACUACCUCCUUCACGUGAGGGGUCUGCCGAUACUGAAUGCAUGCCGGACUUCCCGCCAUCUUCACUUCCAACGUCCUCUAGUAGGCGCACGUUCUCCACAGCCAGUUCUACCCAUGACGACCUUGAUUCGACUAUGUCUUUGCCUUCUCGCCCCCAAGGCUGCGAAUACUAUGAAUCCCUCUCGGACGAGGAACGACGCGAGUAUUGCUCACUGAUUCUUCACGGCGAAGCUGUCCUACAACUCCUCCUGUGGCGGGCGGGGAAACGGGAUUUCCUUGGACCCGCUUCCGCAGAGGUCGAAGAUGACCUCCGGAAAGAAGCUAUCAAACUCUCAAAACAGGGAGAUAUUCUGACUCUUGUCAUGGAGCUACGAGAGCUCAUGAAACAGGGAUCUUUAUCACUCACUUCGAAGCGCGAGCCGACGCUUGUGGGACCGAGAUCAGUAGGGCGCACAGGGUCAGGUACACGCUCUAGCACUCGUCAAGGAUCCUUCCGGGGCUCAUAG